ACUACAAGCAACAAUAACUUUGUUGAAUCAGACAGUGACUCCAAACCCAAGCCUCAAAAACGUUUGAAUAAGCGUAUACCUGGAGACGUCGAAGAGAAGAAGGUAGCUCGUGGGUCUAAGAAGCGGAAACGUGGAUAUGCCGCACCAGAGUUAUAUUCACACCUCCACAUGCUUUCAGAUUAUCUGAAAGACGGACUGGACGUGAUAUUUUGUGGAAUAAACCCCGGCUACAAGUCUGCAGAGAAUGGUCACCAUUUCUAUAACCCCACGAACCACUUUUGGCGCUGCUUACAUAGCUCCGGACUGACCUCGACACUUCUCCACCCAUCGGAAGAUUAUACGCUGCCUGAUGAUUUCAAUCUUGGAUUGACAAACCUGGUAGAUCGCCCUUCAGCAGAGCAAUCGGAGCUCUCCAAGGAUGAGAUGAUUAAGUCUGUACCGACUCUACUAGCCAAAAUAACACGAUUCCGUCCGCGCUUCGUCUGCUUCGUAGGCAUGGGAAUAUGGGAAGUUGUCAGGGAAGGACUGUUACAGACGGUUUCUUCUCCCCUGGCAGAUGGUAAUAAGAGUAUCAAGGUCAAAGGGAAAAAACCAGCUAGUUUAGGACUACAACCCUAUAAAUAUGUGCAUCCGAGACCCUUGGUCUCUGGCACUGAUGCUAUAACCGAGACGCUAUUGUUCGUUGUUCCAAGCACGUCUGGACGAGUCGUACGGUACCAAUUAACGGACAAGAUCACUUUCUUUGAAACUCUGAAGGAUUUGAAAGAGAUGAAACAAUCCGACAUUGAUACAUCUGACAUGCUCGCUAUCUACUCAUAGGACUGUUAAAGUUUUGAAUAUGCUCGAAAUAUUCAUAUCUUAUUCUGGCGCGUUCAUAUAUUUCCUCUGAUAUGACUCAUUAGUCAGGCUGUUGGACACCCUCGACAUUACAGAUAAGAUGUCAUGGAGGGAUAUGUCACCGCCAGACUGGGUGGUUUUCGAUCAUUGGACAGGGCUCGCAUAUAUUCUAGACUACCUUAGAAUUUCAAAGUUUCCCGCAAGGUACGUAGGGAAGUGGCUAUAUCACUUAUACUGCUACAACUUUCUUUUAGCAUCCAGUAUUCUCAGCUGCUCCUGAUCC